AAACCACUACUAUUUUCUCCCCUCCGUCUCUGUCGCUCCAGUAUCUCCCUUUCCCUUUGAGUUUACGAGAUCUCCUCUCGAAACCUGAGCGAGGCAGUCACGGAAAAGAGAGGCGAUACCCUCCUGCACAACAUGGCUGCAAUUGUAACCUCGACCAGAUUUACAGACGAAUAUCAGCUGUACGAAGAGCUCGGAAAGGGUGCCUUCUCCGUUGUCCGGCGAUGCGUUAAAAAGUCCAAUGGCCAGGAAUUUGCUGCUAAAAUUAUCAACACAAAAAAACUAUCAGCAAGAGAUCAUCAAAAACUGGAACGAGAGGCCCGCAUCUGUCGCCUGCUCAAACACCCCAACAUAGUACGACUACACGAAAGUAUCUCAGAGGAAGGCUUCCAUUACCUCGUCUUUGAUCUUGUCACCGGUGGAGAGCUGUUUGAAGACAUUGUUGCCAGAGAGUAUUACAGUGAGGCUGAUGCCAGCCAGUGCAUCAAUCAGAUCCUGGAGAGUGUCCACCACAUGCACCAGCAUGACAUUGUGCACAGGGACCUCAAGCCAGAGAACCUGCUCCUGGCCAGUAAGCUGAAAGGAGCCGCGGUGAAGUUGGCUGACUUUGGGCUGGCCAUCGAGGUGCAGGGAGAUGAGCAGGCAUGGUUUGGUUUUGCAGGCACUCCGGGCUACCUCUCUCCAGAGGUCUUGAGGAAGGACCCCUAUGGCAAGCCGGUGGAUAUCUGGGCAUGUGGUGUGGUCCUGUACAUUCUCCUGGUGGGCUACCCUCCCUUCUGGGAUGAGGACCAGCACAAGCUCUAUCAGCAGAUCAAGGCUGGGGCCUACGAUUUUCCCUCCCCUGAGUGGGACACAGUGACCCCCGAAGCCAAGAACCUGAUUAACCAGAUGCUGACUAUCAACCCUACCAAGAGGAUCACUGCUGACCAGGCCCUCAAGCACCCAUGGGUCUGCCAACGCUCCACUGUGGCUUCCAUGAUGCAUCGUCAAGAGACCGUGGAGUGCCUGCGCAAGUUCAACGCCAGGAGAAAACUCAAGGGAGCCAUCCUCACCACCAUGCUGGUGACCAGAAACUUCUCAGUGGGCCGACAGCACACCAGCCCCGCAGCCACCACCAGCACAGCUGCUCUGGCUUCAGAAGCAUGCAAAAGUUUACUAAACAAAAAAUCGGAUGGUGGAGUGAAGCCGCAGACAAACAACAAUAAAAACAGUGUAGUGAGCAGUACCAGCAGCACCAAAGACAGCAGCAUAUCAUCUUCAGCACCAAUGGAACCACAGACCACUGUUGUGCACAACCCAGCUGACGGCACCAAGGGCUCCACAGAGAGCUGUAACACCACAGAAGAGGAGGAUGUGAAAAGUAGAAAAGUGUCUGCGUGCGGGUCUAGCGCGGACAGCGCAAUGGUCAGCCAGUGCAGUGCCAGUGAGGAACAGAGCCAGCCCCCUCACUGCCCACCCACCUCUCGCAAACAAGAGAUCAUCAAGAUUACCGAGCAGCUGAUUGAGGCCAUCAACAAUGGAGACUUUGAGGCUUACACGAGAAUCUGUGACCCCGGGCUCACCUCGUUUGAACCUGAGGCUUUGGGAAACCUGGUGGAGGGCAUGGACUUCCACAAAUUCUACUUUGAGAACUUGUUGAGUAAGAACAGUAAGCCGGUCCACACCACUAUCCUGAAUCCCCAUGUGCACCUGAUCGGGGAGGACGCGGCCUGCAUCGCCUACAUCCGCCUCACGCAGUACAUCGACAGCCAGGGACGACCGCGCUCUUGCCAGUCAGAGGAGACCCGCGUGUGGCACCGCCGCGACACCAAGUGGCUCAAUGUGCAUUUUCACUGUUCAGGAGCGCCUGCCGCACCUCUCCAGUGACCCUUUACCAGACACAGCUUUGCCUGAAUUCUGAAGACGAUUGGAACAUUUCCUCUCAGUGGUUGGAUUGGCGCCUGGCCGGAAGAGACCGCUUGAAGUUUUACAAUC